ACAAAAUCUUUUCUGCAAAAAUACAAGAUAAACCAAAGCUAAAAAUUUGAUAUAUAAUCAAGAAGAAGACGAAGAUGAUGACGGGUCAAGGGAGCUACAUGGCGCCUGCUGGAGGUAAUCCAGCAGUGGUGGUGGUGGGGCAACAUUUUAUGGCACCAUACCCCGUUGAUUUAACCAUUGUGCGCAAGAUGUUGACAAUAUCAGAAGGUAACUUUGGGGUCACGGAUGCUAAUGGUAACAUCAUGUUUAAAGUUAAGGGCAAAUUACUCAGUCUUCGAGAUCGUCGUAUUUUGCUUGAUGCUGCUGGUAAUCCUAUCCUGUCUCUCCAGCAAAAGAUAAUGAGUGUACAUAGAAGGUGGGAGGUUUACAGAGGAGAUAGCAAAGACUCGAAAGAUUUACUUUUCAGUGUAAAGAAGUCAUCUCUUCUCCAAUUCAAGACUCAGUUGGAUGUCUUCUUGGCAUCCAACACUUCUGAACAUCACUGUGACUUCAAAAUCAAAGGUAGCUGGUUCGAGAGAUCAUGCACCAUUUAUGCCGCAAAUUCAACUGUCAUAGCCCAGAUGCACAGGAAGCAUAGCGUUAGUAGCAUUGUGCUCGGAAAGGACAAAUUUGCAGUGACUGUGUACCCGCAUGUUGAUUAUGCCUUCAUCGUUGCUCUCGUUGUGAUUCUUGAGGAAAUCAAUGAAGACCGCAGUGGUGAAGAUUAAAUCAAGGCCACCGAAUAAUUUUGUAUGCAUGUUUACCUUGAGAGGUGAUACUAUGUAUUCGGCGCCAGUUCAUAACUUGGAAUUUUAAAUAGUCUAGAUUUUAAUAGAUUGUAUCUGAUCGUUCAUAUAACAAACUUGUCAUUCUCGUUGUAAUUAGAUUUUGUAAUAUAAUAUUUAAAAUAUUUUUUCCUCAA